AGUGCUAUUUACAAUUGUCUUUCACAUCAUUUAAUUAUUAUUAUUAUUAUUAUUGUUAUUGUUGUUAUUUUUAUUCAGCAGCCGUGAACAGAAUCUCUUCACUCAACAGCACCUUUGGAGACUUAUUCCACCGCCGCUGUUUUUCCCCCAACAUCCCUAAAACCGCAUUAGGCCACAAAUCUUCCAGCAUUAUUCCACAAUUUUGCAACAGAAGUUCAAUCAAGUCCAAAAAUGGGAAGCGUCUAUUCUGAUUUGGAAUUUCCCACCGCUGUCAAUCACACGAGUGCCACCUUCCUCCUCCACCUCCAAUUCCAACAUUCCAGAAUGUUCCCAAAAGCGUUGCAGCCUUAGGGCGCACUCGCCAAAAGUAUUGAAACACCGGCCCACCCGAAAGACACAUUUCCAUACAUGCACAUGCGCGCGCGCGCACACACGCACGAUACGAAGCUACGCGUGCACACAUUUUCAGACACACGCCCCCCCCCACCCACAUCGGCUACACAGACGACGACACACGCUUUUCGACACCCACACUGACUUUUUGAGACGCGCACCCAUUGAAACACCGCCCAUCCUUUCAGACGCACACACACACACGCGCGCGCGCACACCGAUCCCUCCCCCCUGCUUCCAGUCACCCAUUCACGCACGCGUGCACGUGUAUAAAAGGUGGCGCGUGUCGGGCUCGCGCUUCAUUUGCUUUUUUUUACCCUUUCUUCAACUUGUUGACUCCCUCCAACUCGGCAAAAUAACAACGAAUCAUUUUCUGUGUGUGUGUGGUGUGUGUGUGUUUGACAAGCUGCAAAGUAGGACAUUUUUUUACUUUUCGUUUGAAUUUAAUUGUCUUUUUUUUAUUUAAUCUAUUUAUUUAUUUUCUGCAGGGGGUUUUGCCGCCAUGGGCUCGGCGCUCCCCGCUUGUUCGCCGCCGUCGGGCCGAAAGUGGUGGUCUCCGAAGUCUCCAGUCGGCGCGCCGCUGUCCGAAGUGAUCACGUCGGACGUGGUGCACAGCUUCCUAUACGGACGAUGGAGGCGCGUGCACGGCGAGCAGCAGCUGACGCACGAGGCCGCCGCCGCCGCCUUGGGCUCGAGCCCCAGGACCGCUUUCACGGCCGAAGUGCUCGCGCAGUCCUUCUCCGGAGAGGUUCAGAAGUUGUCCAGUUUGGUUCUUCCCAGCGAGGUGAUCAUUGCGCAAAGCUCUGUUCCAGGAGAAGGUCUGGGAAUCUUCUCAAAGACUUGGAUCAAGGCGGGAACCGAGAUGGGUCCGUUUACGGGGCGCCUGGUUUCUCCGCAACACGUCGACUUCUACAAGAACAACAACCUCAUGUGGGAGGUGUUCAAUGGUGACGGCGGCGUGCGUUUCUUCGUGGACGCCAGUCAGGAGGAGCAACGCAGCUGGAUGACGUACAUCAAAUGCGCUCGCAACGAACACGAGCAGAACCUGGAAGUGGUGCAACUGGGAACGGCCAUUUUCUACAAGGCGCUUCAGACCAUCCCGCCAGACCAGGAGCUGCUCGUCUGGUACGGAAAUUCCCACAACACCUUCCUGGGAAUUCCUGGAAUUCCAGGAGGCGACGACGAGCAAGCAAAGAAAAGCAAGAGCGAUGAUUUCCAUGGCUGCGAAGGCUCAGUGUCAUCCUCGUCUUCGUCGUCCUCGUCAGGCUCGGGGGGUCUGGGCCGCAUGCGCUGCGUCAUCUGCCACCGCGGCUUCAACUCUCGUAGCAACCUGCGCUCGCACAUGCGCAUCCACACGCUGGACAAACCCUUCGUGUGCCGCUUCUGCAACCGCCGCUUCAGCCAGUCGUCCACGCUGCGCAACCACGUGCGUCUGCACACGGGCGAGCGGCCCUACAAGUGCCACGUGUGCCAGUCGGCGUACUCGCAGCUGGCGGGUCUGCGCGCACACCAGAAGAGCGCCAGGCACCGCCCGGCCGCCGGAGCCGGAAUGGGAACCGCAGUCGGCGCCGGGGCCGCCAGUCCGGGAAGGGCGCUGCUGCUCGUGCGCGACCAGCACUCGCCACCGCCACAUCCUGCUUCCCUGGUCCACCACAUUCCCGCCAUGGUGCUCUAAACUGGAAGUUAGCCGGUAAUGCAAGUAAAAGUGUUGCAAAAGUAUACGCAGGAAGUAAGCUUUUGCAGCGUAUUUUUAGCGUA